GUCGCCAGUUCCAAGCGAUCGAAACGAGCCUCAAAGUCUCAUAUGAGUGGCGAUUCGUGACGGUCAUUUUCCCAAAAGCGUGUUACGAUAGCAACUAAAGAUGUCUUGCGAAAAGAAAUGGCUGCCUUUAGAAUCCAAUCCAGAUGUAAUGAACAAGUUCUUGAGCAGUGUUGGAGUACCAGAAGAAUGGUCUAUGAUUGAUGUUAUUGACUUAGAAGACGAGCACCUAGAAAACUUACCAAAGAAAGUCAAAGCCGUUCUCUUAUUAUUUCCCACCGGUGAGCAGCAUGACGAGCAUUGUAAGAGUGAGCAAGAAGCUAUCGACGCCGAAGGUCAAGUUGUCAGCGAUAGAGUAUAUUUCAUGAAACUGGAAGCAAAUAAUGCAAGUGGAACAGUCUCUCUUAUACACGCUGUUGGUAACGCUGCUGACGACGAAUUAGAAUUAAGUGAAGAUUCUAGUUUAAAAGAAUUCCUGGAACGAACGAAGGAUAUGGCGCCUGAGGAGAGAGGUCAAGAAUUAGAAAUGGACGAGAGUCUAUGUGUCAUGCACGAGUCCCUUGCCAAAGAAGGUCAAACCGAGGCACCAGAAGGGGACGAGGAAAUUAAUCUGCAUUUCAUAACAUUUGUUUCCGUAGAUGAGCAGUUGUAUGAACUCGAUGCUCGGAAAAACUGUCCAAUCAACCAUGGAGCUACAAGCAUGGACACGUUAUUAAAGGAUGCUGUUGCAGUUUGUAAAAAAUUCAUGGAGCGUGAUCCUGAGAAUGUUAAUUUUUCAAUCAUGGCCCUGGUAGGAGGUGGUGGAACUUCCGUCGAAACAGAGGAGGAAGAAGUAGAAGAGUAAAGAAUAUAAAAACUACACUAUUUUUUCUAUUUUGCAUUGCAUUUGCACUAAAAAAGUUAAAUUUAGUAAAAGAAGAAAAAAAAAACAUAAGAUGCUUAUGAAAAAUGCUAUGAAGUGCUAUGAACCAUUGUUAGCUGAAAGUAUUAAACAUCACCGCCUGUGCCUGAAAAUUAAAAAAUUUUGAACUAGAACUUAAUUUCCGAUUCUAUCACCAUAUGCCUGUUCGAAGCAAUUAGACUUAUUUUCAUUUCUAAUAGAUGAUUUUGAAGGGAAACUAUAUUUAAAAGUGUGUACGUUUCCAACACUUAUUUUACAAAAUAUAAUGUUUUGUAUUUCAGAUGAUAAUAUCAAUGAAUCACAUGUAUUGCUGCUUAUGAAUAAAGAAAAGCUGUUAUAUUCA